GCCCUCUUGGGAGGCGUAUUGGGCUGCCCCGGCGCCAUGCUGCCUCCUUCGAGGCAUCUUCCUCCGAGGGCGAUGAGCAACCUGUCCCUCGUGGAGGGCCUCAACACGCUGUCUCUGCGCCUUCCCAAGGCCCAAUCGUGGGUAUCUGGCUGCGUGGACGAUCUGAAGGACUUCCAUGGCUGGCGUACCUGCACACCCGACGGGAACACGUUCUACCGGGCUGCGGGCUUCGCUAUGGUCGAGGCCAUCCUGCGGAAGAAGCCUAGGAAGAUCCAGCAGUUCGUGAGCACCCUGAGGGACGCGGGCUCCCAGAACAGCGACGUCAAGGCGCUGGAGCAGCUGUUGCUGUCCUUCCAGGGCAUUGACAACGCGGUCGCGCUGCAGGAGUGGUACAGGAAGCUUUGCUUCGACGCAGACAUGGACAGAGCCCUCGUGAGAGGCAUGCGUCAGGUGUCUGCGGAGCACCUCAUGAGGAACCCCGAGGUCGAGCUGAACGAUAUGCCGUUCUCCCUUCUGGUGCAGAAUGCCUUCGAGAUGUCCGUGGAGGAGUUCGUCCAGCAGAGGAUCCUGAAGGACGGCGUGGAGGCGGACGACUACGUGCUGGCUCUGGCCCCCAUGGCCUUCGGGCUCCGGCUGGAGAUCAUCCAGGUGGAUGAGUCCGGGAGCAGCCACCGCUACGAUGCGCCCAACGACAAGGAGGGCCACUCUGUGGCCUCCCUGCUCUGGAGGCCGGGCAACUUCGAUAUUUUCUACUCCCGCGACGCCGCGAGGGAGGUCAUGCAGCUCCAGGAGGGUCUCGGGAUGCAGGGCGGCAGCAGCUCCUCCGCGGCAGGCGCUGGUCAGAGCGGCGGCCCCUCGUUGCUGCCGCCCUCGCUGCUGACGUCCCGCCAGAGUCGCAGCACGGCCAGGCACGCCGACGAGGUCGUAGAGGCCAUGCGGCAGUCCCUGGAGGCCUCCCUGCAGAAGACGGAGAGG